ACACACAAUGUCCAGGGUGAAUGUGUCCCUAAGUAGCGCUCAUGCGAUUUUGCAAUACACGAGUGCUCUGAGCUACAUGGCACCAUACUUUGCACAAGAUGAUCAGAGCGCUUUACUGGGAAGUGCUAACCUGGCACUGACAAGCAUGGACAGCCUCAGAAACAUUGACAGAACAUCUCUGUUGAAGGCAACUCGUGACACUUUCUAUGUGAGUGCAGUUGUGCUUGAGAGGGCUUUUGAUGCACAGAACAUUUUCAGUGGAACAGCAACAACACCCGGGAACGAUUCUCCCCUGGCCAGAUCCUUUGAUGGUAUUUACCAAACUCUACUCACGUUGGGGACAUUGCAGAACAAGAAGGCCGUUGCUGGUGAAGGGGCAUUUGUCUUAGACUCGAGCUACGUUUCCACUGCGACACAGAAGGUCACUGGCAAUAAACUUCUUAGCUCAUCAUGGCAGACGGCAGAUGGGAGCAGUGCCUCCAUAUUGUUAAACAAUAUAUCAGAAAUUGCUUCAAAGCAAACGGAUAAUGUCAAUGUCCAGUUGUCGUCCUUUGCAGUGAACCCAUUUGCGUGGAACAGAGACAACUCAAUAAACAGUUCGGUGGCAAGCCUGCAAGUGAGUGAUGUGAAGAGAAGCAUCAACGCCACGUCGGCACUGGUCAAGGUCAAAAACCUGGCGAUUGCCGAGCAGGUGACAACCUUUACGGCAACGUCUGCCGGCGACAUUUCAGUGGAUAAACGGUUCACGGUUAAAAGCAACGGAUCCGCAGUGUUGUUGGACAUUUUGCAAGCCGACAACGUGGUCGGUGGGCUGGAGCUCCUCAUCAGAUAUCAGCAGGCUCCUCAGCUUGAGCCUCUGGUGUUUGACUACCGCUUCGUAUGGGAAUCAAACAACUCGGCAGGCAGUGACCAACAAUCACCAAUCAGCAACGACACUGAGCGCAAAAACAACACUGCCAACGGACAACGACGUCAACAUUCAUUUUUCAUCCCCGGUAAUGAAACACAGCCCGGGGUUUAUUACAUCACGUUAAAGUCUAAAGAUAGCAAAAAAAGCCUCAGUGGUGUGUCUGUAAAAAUACUGUUGUGGACGGCUGCCUGCAAAGUGUGGGAUUGUGUCCAUGGUGAAUGGAGUUACAGUUUGGCACAAGUGCACCCUAACUCCACAAUGAACAGCACCGUUUGUGUGGUUGGUGGAGGUAACAAGGCCACCACAACGAACGCCGGUCGCGAGCGAGUCUUCAUAGCGGCAGAGGUGUUGGCCCCAAACACCAUCGACUUCUCGACGGUGUUCACGAAGUUUGACCUUGUGUCAAACGGCGCCGUGUUUGCCGCUGUCAUUGUGAUCAUCCUGCUCUAUCUCAUCAUGCUGCUGUGGGCAAGGAAGGCAGACAUCAAGGAUAACGAAAAGAAUAGGAUGUUUCAGCUAUUCAACGCGGACGAUGAGAACAGGCGCUCACUCGUGCUGCGAGUAGUAACGGCAUCAACCAAGGAUGCAGGGACGCGUUCGUGUGUCUGCUUUACCCUCUACUUCGAUGAAAUUGAUUCGGGGACACACGAGCUCACCCACCCGGAGUUAAAGGAAUUUGAAACGGGCAGCACAAACAACUUUCUUUUCUCUGUUCCUAAAUACUAUGGGAAGCCAUCACACAUUAAACUCUGGCUGAAUGAUGGUGAUCCCUGUGAUUUCUGGACCAUCAAUGAAAUAUCAGUUCUGGAUCUUGAGAAAAACCAAGUAUAUUUGUUUUGUGUGAAUUCAAUGCUCUCCUAUGAAAUGAAUAUCGGGCAGUACGGUAGAAGGUUUUACGUUAAAGAAGAACGAUUUUCAUUCGGCAAUAAGUGGAUGGUUCAUCACGCACUCAAGGGAAACUUUUCUGAAGGCCAUCUUUGGUUUUCCGUUUUCAUCCGCCCAUUCAAGACCAACUUUUCCCGCGUGCAGCGCAUCUCCUGCUGCGUCACGCUCCUCUUCCUCAUGAUGAUCGCCAACGCCAUGUGGUUCGGAAAGAAGCAGGCAGCCAACGGAGCGGGCGGCGGGGUCACGGUGGGGCCGCUGUCUCUCACCGACGUCCUCAUCAGCCUCCUCAGCAGCCUGGUGGAGGUGCCUGUCAGCCUUGUGGUCGUGCUCAUAUUCCGCAACAGCCGCUCAGAGAGUGAGCGGUCUCCAGGCCAGAAGAACUCCUGGAGGGGCCCUUGGCCCGGUGGCUGCAGAUGCGUAGCCUGGUGUCUCGUGGUCCUUGCUGUCCUGAGCUCUGGCUUCUUCACGAUCCUCUACAGCAUGGAGUGGGGCCCAGAGAAGGCCAACCGCUGGCUCGUUCGAUUCCUCUCAUCCUUCUUUAUAUCCGUAAUAUUGGUUCAACCAGUGAAGAAUAUUGUGUUCGCAAUGGGAAAAUGUUUAUUGUGGAAGAGAAAUACUAAGUGUCAAGCAGAAGAAAUUUUAAAGCCAUAUGCUGAAAAUCAUGAAAUAAUGAACAAUACAAAUGCAGGAGCAAGACAGUGUAGUGCAUGUAAAAGAGACGUCAAAUUUUGCACAUCCCACAAAGUGGCAAAGCUGCUUUGACCUAAGAACGAUUUUCCUUUCACUGUACCUGACAGUGCUUCUAUUCGCAGCAUACAUACAUUCAGGAAGUUGUGCAAUUUAUUUUAAAUAUAACAUUGAGAAGACAUUUACAAGGCAAUUCGAAAAGACUGCUGACGUGGCCAGUUACUGGAACUGGGUGUCCGGCUCACUCUUGCCACACAUGAAAGCCACCUCCAGUAGCAGCGUGGCAGCCAGUGGUGUCACUCUGCACAAUACAGUCCUCGCCAAUGUGCUUGUUGUUGGAGUGGUCCAAAUGAGACAACUGAGAUACAAAAAUGCCCCAAGUGAGAUGAACUAUGUGAAAAUGUUGCAAAAUGGUCAGUACACUGCACCUGAAGAAGACAAGAACAGCUAUUUUGAGGCAUGGGUGAUGUCCAAUAUAACAGGGCGAUCAGAGGGAGACCAAUAUUGGAUCUACCAGGAUCUUGGAGAAAUGGACCUCUCAAGAACUCUUGGGCAAUUUGGCGGAGGUGGCUACUUGGUGGAAGUAGAAAACGAUGCAGGAAAGGCAGCUAACACUGUAGCCUACUUGAAGGAGCAUCUGUGGAUCGACCCACGCACAGCAGAACUGGUCACCGAACUCACUUUGUUUAACGCAAACACACACCUGCUCUGUCACCUGAUAUUGCACCUGGUUCUCUCUCCGUCUGGUGCUGUCAACCCACACGUCAAGAUGCGGAUAUUUCCCAUACACGACAACGGGGACGUGUGGUCUGUCCUCACCACGGCUGCUUAUAUCUCAAUGUUUCUCCUAAACCUGUGCCUAUCGGCUUAUGAUAUUCGAAAAAUAAUUAAAACAAAAUUUGAGUAUUUUAAAAGAUUUAUUAAUUUAGUGGAACUCUUGUGCUUUAUGCUAAGGAUAACUACAUGUUUAGUGUAUUAUCAAGUGACCGUAACACAAAUGGAAACCCUUUAUGCCUACGUGCAAGAUGGUCAUGUCACCUUUGGGAAACUUGCAACACUGAAUGAGUAUCUGAGGAUAUUUACUGGGGGGCUCGUGUUUCUGGAGAGUCUCAAAGCUAUCCAAGUUGUGGGCCACUUACAAGAUGUGAAGUGGGGCCCAUGUGUGACAUUGUAUCAUGGGAGACAUUUGCUGACUCAGUCUGUGGUUAUGCUGGUGUUGCUCUGCGCCUACAGCUGCUUAUUGUGUAGUCUGUACGCUGCCCAUUCCUUUGCUCAUGCCUUCCAGUCGCUGUCUUCAACCCUCAUUUAUUUUCCUUCCCUUGACAGAGCUCUUGGUUCUGGAGAGAUGGGUGCCACCCUUGGCUACCUUUCCUUUCGGCUCAUUGUAUUGAUUAUGCUUUGGGGAAUCGUGCAUUUCACUUAAGUUAUAAAGCUUUCAUUUUCUCGGAAAAAAAUUGCAUAGACAAUGUAAGAUGGCCACCUUUCAUCUGUAAUUGUCACCUGCUCCAGACCCCCUCUUGGGCUGAAUGACUUGUAUUCUUGUAUUCUAAGUUUGUAGUCACGAAAGCUUCAAAUCUAGAAUUAAUGCUAAUCUCUCCCUCAAUAAUGUGCUGUUUCUCUUUUCUCCCCAACUUGCUGUUGCUUCCCCCGGACUACACCCAGCACAACCGCCAUGCUGCCUCGCCACCUCUCCAAAUCAUUGCCACGUCAAGCGAGCUGUCCCAGCCUCAUCUGCCCUUGGGGCUUGUUGGACCGUAGAUGCUGUACUGCCCUCGUUGCUUCCCGGAGGCUUGUUGGUGUUGUACCUCAGUGACACUGGCACAAAUGUUUUUACUUCAUCUGCCAGUUUGAAUGACUUAGGCUUCAUCUCGACCAUGGCUGCCCUGGACCUCAUCUUCCUUGGGCUUCAUCUGGCUCCAGAAUGUGACUACCCUGGACCUCCUACAUUGUCUGUCCCAGAUGCUGCUGCGACGUAUUGGCGCUUGGGUCCCUUUAGCAUAAGCAACUUAGGUCGCUAUUGUGUCUCGUUUGGCCACGGGUCCCGUUGCGAUGUUGUGUAGCCACGUCUCCCCUCGCCUGAGCGAGCUGCCUUCUUCCUCACCUUAGACCCACCUCCUCGCAGUCUCAACAGAUUAUCACCUAAUUUAAGCGUUUCGUAUCCGUCUUGCUGAACUACUGUAUACACCACAUUGCAACACUACAUGGCAUUCUCCUCAUGCACCCCAACAGAAGUCACAUGUGGUUUCCCCAGACCACAUGUCUGGAGUGCCCGUGAAUAAUCAAAACCUUCAUUUAUCCUAGAGGAAUCCGAUGAGCUAUGAAGCUCUUUUUAAACAGAUGCCCAAUAAAUGAACAUCUAAAUAACAAUCGUCAUACAUCCGCAACUGCAUAAUCACAUAUCAGAGUGGGCAUGGGGAAUGGUGUUUUGUUGGUUGCUGAGAUUCAAAGUGUCACUGAUUAAAACAACCUAUUUUACCCGCCAUGGAAACCUUUGUAUGUGAGUGCCACUCUCCACACAUACAAAGUUUGUCUGGCUCUGAAAAGCAAAUAAAACGGAAAAUGAACAGUGGCCAGCCACCAUGGAGACGAUGUGAUAAUUAUCAAUAAAGCAGUUUCCCCUCUAUUAGACCAGACCAGGCACGGCCUGAUAUGACUACACCCCGCGUGAGAUGUGGGAUCAUGAGUCUGUGGCAUAUGCCAGUGCACUCAGAGGGGGAGGAGGAGUACCCCUCAGGGGGGCUGCAAUCGGGGCGAGUGCGGCUCGGGGCCGCUCUUGCACCCCCA